AUGCCGCGCUUGCCGCCGCUCCUCCCGCUACUGCUGCUGCUGCUACUGUCGCCGCUGGUCCCCGGCCUUGGGCUCCGCGGCGCAGGCGGCCGGCACCCGGAGUGCGGCCCGUGCCUACCCGAGCGCUGCCCGGCGCCCGCCAGCUGCCCGGCACCCGGGAUCGCGGCGCGCGAUGAGUGCGGAUGCUGCGCGCGCUGUCUGGGCGCGGAGGGCGCGAGCUGCGGGGGACGCGCCGGUGCGCGCUGCGGUCCGGGCCUAGUGUGCGCAAGCCGGGCCGCUGGGGCGGCGCCCGAGGGUACCGGGCUCUGCGUGUGCGCGCAGCGCGGCACCGUCUGCGGCUCCGACGGCCGCUCCUACCCCAGCGUCUGUGCUCUGCGUUUCCGCGCCCGGCACGCGCCCCGCGGGCACCCUGGUCACCUGCACAAGGCGCGGGAUGGCCCCUGCGAGUUCGCUCCUAUGGUUGUCAUGCCACCCCGAAGUGUUCACAAUGUCACAGGGGCACAGGCAUAUCUCUCCUGUGAGGUGAGGGCUGUGCCCCCUCCAGUCAUCACAUGGAAGAAGGUCAUGCGCUCUGCUGAGGGCACCGAGAUGUUGGAGGAAUUGCCUGGGGACCACAUCAAUAUAGCUGUCCAGGUGCGUGGGGGCCCUUCCGACCACGAGGCCACAGCCUGGAUUUUGAUCAACCCCCUAAGAAAGGAAGAUGAGGGAGUGUACCAGUGCCACGCAGCCAACAUGAUUGGGGAGGCCCAGUCCCAUGGCACUGUGACAGUCCUAGACCUGAGCAGAUACAAAAGCCCUCUCUCCCUAGCUCCAGCUGACCACCUGUGAUGACUAAGGGUUUUAGAGACAUUGAUCACAGAAUGUGGAGAAGUA